AUGUCCGACGCCGAGUCGUCUGGCGCGACGACAGACUAUGACGACCUUGAUCUCGAUCUCGAUCUCGAUCUUGAUACCACAGCGUCCGAUCUGACCUUUGCCAUGAUGUCGGACGAUACCGUCAUCGGUGACGCGCCGCAGCACUCGGUCGGCUCGGUCGCUGCGUCGCGGCUCAACUACGACGCUGGUGGCGACAUCAACUACGCCGAUCGGCUGCAGGAUGGCACCGACGUGGCCAAGAUCCGGAACGACCCCGUUAUUCAAGCCCGCCUCCUCGAGGUCCUCACCCUCUCGGCGUACAAGCGGCUCAACGACGAGGGCGCCCGCAAGUUCUCGCUUAUCCGCGCCAUUCGCUCGUCGUACGUGGCCCAGGGCCUGUGGAUGGUCUUCCUCUCGCUUGUCUUCCUCGUCUUCUCGCCGCUCAUCCUCGCUGGUCUCCUCGUCUAUCUCCCGUGCCGCAUCUUUAACCGCUCCGGGUACAGCGACCCGCUCAAGUCGUACAUCUUUGUCCUGCUCUUCACCGCCGUCCCCGUCGGCGCCUUCACCAACGUCGUUCUCGCCAUCACCACUGACGUCUCGGUCUCGAAAACCGAAACGUUCAUGCCACUCGUCCUCUACUUGACCAUCACCGUCACCCUCGGCAUCAUCCGCGGCGUCAACGAGCGGGUCCGCGGCCGCCGGCGCCGCGAGUUUGAGCGCGGCGAUGAGGAGUCGACAUCGUCGUCGUCAUCCGGCACGUUUCUCAGCGACUCGUCAGCUUGCUCUGCUGACCAGCUGAUGUACAUGCUCGACAAGAAUCAUCGCGAUGUGCUCUACCAGGAGCUGACCAACAAGCUCGUUUUCUUCAUGAACGACCAGACCGAGGUCCUCACCUCGUCGACCUUUAUCUUUGCCACUGCUACCUUUUCGUUUGUCGUCGCCGUCGCCCACGCCUUUGUCGGCCCCAUCUUCCGCGCCGUCAACGACGACGGCCGCGACUUUUACGGCUCUGUCGGCUCGACGGUGAUUCAGGAUCGCAUUGUCCUCUUGGUCUCGAUCUACUGCAUGGUCAUCAUUGGCACCGGCUUUGUCUUUGCGGUCAUUCUCUCUGCGGCCGAGUUCUGGGAGCGGACUCGCAAGUACUCGUUCUACCACGGCCUUGCCGACGGCUCGGUCCCGCUCUUCCGCGACGCCAUCGACUACCGGCUGGCCUUUAUCAAGCCGCCCGACAAGAAGGAUCUCGGCGGCCGGUUCCAGCUCAAAUUCGACAAGCCGUUCAACCUCAAGGUGUGGAUCCUGCUCCGCGAGCAAGUCCGCGACAUGGGCAGUGACGAGAUGGCCACCAUUCGCGAGUCGACAGUCCUCAUCGCGCUCUUCUAUCUCCUCAUCUUUGCCCUCAUCAUGUUCUACCGCGUCGUAGUCAUCUCGGUUGCUCUCGACGAGCUCGCCGUCUUUACUCUUGUCGACUCAAUCUUCUUCCUCGCCUACCUGCUCUCGGUUGGCCAGGCCGGCAUCAUCCUCACCUCGUACAAUGCUCGCGACAACGAUCUUCUCCGCAACUCAGUCCUCCAAGUCCAAGGUCACCGCGACAAGCUCGAGGUCAAGCUCCGCGAGAAGCGCGAUGCCCUGACAAAGUCGCGUGACAAGCGCGACGCCAAGAAGGACAAUGACUCGGCCUUCAAGAAGUACACCAAGCAAAUCAAGAAAAAGAACAAGGAAAUCGCCGCUCUCACCCUCGAAGCCGACCAGGACGACUUGCUCAUCUCUACCAUGCGCACGCUUAUGGAGUCCAACGCCCACGAGGAUCCUGUCAAGGUCUCCGGCAUUCCGCUCACAACGGAUCUCCGCAACAAGCUCCUUGGCCUGGGCGUCUCGUCCAUUACCGCAGGUGCAGUCCGCGUCUUCAACAUUGCGUAGUAGGCUUCAGCGGGCAGCACGUAGUUUUAGCUUUGCCCCGCAUUCCCGCUCGACUCCGUGACGGCCGCGGCCUGGGCAAGGAGCCGGUCGACGCCGGUGAUGCGGACAAUCCGCCCGUUAAACUCGCUCGAAAUGUCCGCCUCGAUGUGGUUCUUGAGCUCGCGAAUCUCGC